GUCUUUCUCCAGCCGGGGAAGCAGUGGGGAUCCUCCAGAAGGGGUCGAGCUCUCUCUGGCCUAGGGGACUGGCUUGGCGGGCAGUCUGCCCCGGCCCCCUUCUGGAGGAGAAGGCUCGGCGGCAGAGGCGGCGGCUGGGGGAUGCCCACGGUGACUCGGCUGCGGUGAGUUGAGGUUGGGGGUCCUGAGGCAGCUGGCAGACCAUGGGUACAACGGCGAGCACGGCUCCGCAGACGGUGGCCGCCAGCGCCCCCUUCGAGGGCCUGCAGGGCGGCAGCAGCAUGGACGGCCGGCAUUCUCUCAGCGUGCACUCCUUCCACCCCACGAAUUUGCACAACAGCAAGGCCAAGUCCAUCAUCCCCAACAAGGUGGCUCCCGUCGUGAUCACGUACAACUGCAAGGAAGAGUUCCAGGUCCACGAGGAGCUGCUGAAGGCCCAUUACAGGACGGGCCGGCUGUCGGACGCCACCCGCGAGCACUACCUGGUCCAGGGCCGCUACUUCCUGGUGCGGGAUGUCACUGAGAAGAUGGACGUGCUGGGCACUUCAGGGAGCUGUGGGGCCCUCAACUUCCGCCAGGCGCGAGGUGGGCUCCCCGUGUUUGGCAUGGGACAGCCCAGUCUUCUGGGGUUCCAGCGGGUCCUCCAGAAGCUCCAGAAGGACGGACACAAGGAGUGCAUCAUCUUCUGCGUGAGGGAGGAGCCCGUGCUGUUCCUGCGUGCCGAGGACGACUUUGUGUCAUACACGCCGCGUGACAAGCAGAACCUUCGCGCAAACCUCCAGGGCUUGGGGCCUGGGCUUGGAGCUGAGAGCUUGGAGUUGGCCAUCCGGAAGGAGAUCCGUGACUUUGCCCAGCUUAGCGAGAACACAUACCACGUGUACCACAACACGGAUGACCUGCGGGGAGAGCCACACGCCGUGCGGAUCCGCGACGAGGACGACGUGCACGUGACGGAGGAAGUCUACAAGCGGCCGCUCUUUCUGCAGCCCAUCUAUAGGUACCACCGUCUGCCCUUGCCAGAGCAGGGGGCCCCCCUGGAAGCCCAGUUUGAUGCCUUUGUCAGUGUUCUCCGGGAGACCCCCAGCCUGCUGCGGCUUCGCGACGCCCACGGGCCUCCCCCUGCCCUCCUCUUCAGCUGCCAGUCAGGUGUGGGCAGGACCAACCUGGGCAUGGUCCUGGGUACCCUUGUGCUGUUUCACUACCAUGGGACCACCUCUCCACUCGAGGCUGCUCCCUUGUCAACCAAACCCCUGGCCAUGGAGCAGUUCCCGACCAUCCAGCGCUUUCUCAGCAUGGUGCCCCAAGGAAGGAGGAUGGUGGAGGAGGUGGACAGAGCAAUCACCACGUGUGCAGAGCUGCAGGACCUGAGGGAAGAGGUCCUGGAGAACCAGAGGACGCUGGAAGCUGUUCGGCCAGACCGUCCAGCGCAGGGAAGCGGUGGCCAGCAUGCUGUCCGGCAGAGGGCGCUGUGGAGCCUGGAGCGUUACUUUUACUUGGUCCUGUUUAACAGCUAUCUGCAUGAGCAGUACCCCCUGGCCUUUGCCCUCAGUUUCAGCCGCUGGCUGUGUGCCCAUGCCUCGCUGUACCGCCUGCCCGUGAUGUUGAAGUCGGUGGGGCCGAUGGCACCCGGGGACCUCAUCGCCAAGGGCUUCCUGAAGGCGGACGAUCUUGUCUCCCUGGACACCCUCAGCACGGUCAGAGAGAUGGAUGUGGCCAACUUCCGGCGUGUGCCCCGCAUGCCCAUCUACGGCACAGCCCAGCCCAAUGCCAAGGCCCUGGGCAGCAUCCUGGCCUACCUGACCGACGCCAAGCGGAGACUACGGCAGGUGGUCUGGGUGAACCUGAGGGAGGAGGCCGUGCUGGAGUGUGAUGGUCACACCCACAGCCUGUGGCCCCCCGGGCCUCCCCUGGCCCCUGAGCACCUGGAGGCCCUGGAGGCUCAGCUGAAGGCCCACAUAAGCACACCUGCCCCAGACAUGAAGGGCCCCGCCGGCCCCAGGUUCCAGACGUGCCUGACCAUGAAGGAGGUCUUCAGCCAGCACUGCGGCGCGUGCCCCGGCCUCACGUACCACCGCAUCCCUGUGCCAGAUUUCUGUGCCCCCCGGGAGGAGGACUUUGACCGGCUGCUGGAGGCCCUCCGGGCUGCCCUCACCAGGGACCCUGGCACUGGCUUUGUGUUCAGCUGCCUCAGUGGCCAGGGGCGGACCACAACUGCCAUGGUGGUGGCUGUGCUGGCCUUCUGGCACAUCCGGGGCUGUCCCGAGGUGGGCGAGGAGGAGCUCGUGAGUGUGCCCGAUGCCAAGUUCACCAAAGGCGAGUUUCAGGUUGUGAUGAAGCUGGUGCAGCUGCUGCCCGACGGCCACCACGUGAAGAAGGAGGUGGACGCGGCACUGGACACGGUCAGCGAGACCAUGACGCCCAUGCACUACCACCUGCGGGAGAUCAUCAUCUGCACCUGCCGCCAGGCGAAGGCCGACAAAGACGCGCAGGGGGCCCAGCGGCUGCGCCUGCGGAGCCUACAGUACCUGGAGCGCUACGUCUACCUGAUCCUCUUCACCGCCUACCUCCGCCUGGAGAAGGCCGGCUCCUGGAAGAGGCCCUUCAGCGUCUGGAUGCAGGAGGUGGCAUCCAAAGCCGGAGUCUACGAGAUCCUCAACCAACUGGGCUUCCCUGAGCUGGAGAGCCCGGAGGACCAGCCCCUGUCGAGCCUGCGCCACCGCUGGCUGGAGCAGAGCACAGGGCCUGAAUCUCCUGCCGCCAGGGACUUUCUGUAGGGCGUCCCUUUGCCUCACCCCCCGGGGCAUGCUGGGGGCCUGAUGUCAUCGUCGCUGAAUGAUUCCCGGCUCCCUGAAGACGCUGACUGGGCGCGGGAGCUCUUUGUAGGAUCUGUAGACGGCACAGUUGUUCCUUGUAAAGCCAGAGGUGCGUGAAGACCUGCCAGCGAGGUCCAGUGUUCCCAGACAGAUGGCCGCCACGGAGCCCGCGCCCCAGCCCGCCAACCAGCUGUCCCCUCACUGUGUCCCUUUCUCUCCCCGUCAGUGGACAGUCAGUUUUGUCCCUUGACUUCUGGCUGCUCCACCCUCGUGCCACACUUUUUUUCUGCCCGAGCAGCUGCUUGAGGAUGCGAUGAGAGGAUGUGGAGCUGGGUGGGUGGACGGCCGUAACCUCAGCUCUGUACAGCUCCCCUUGUCUUUAGCCUGAGGUCCCGCGAGGACCGCAUCUCGUCCGUGGCCGGCCCGGGCGUCAUCUCUCUGGGCCCCUUGUCUCCCCCCUUGUCUCUCCCUGGGCUGGCAGGAGAUGGAGGUUCCCAGGGGAGCUGGAAACACCAAGGAGUAACCCCCCCCCCCCAGUGUGGGGCAAGAGCUUGCAGAGGCCGCUGAUACAGUUAAGCAGGCUCAAUUUGUGGGGGACCUGGUCCGGGGGUAGCUGGCUGGGUUCAGAACGGUUGGCUGGGCGACCCUCGUGAACUGUGAGAUGUGACCCGUCCAAAGAUGGCGUGUGUCAGGUCUUCAUGGCGUGAUGGGAUCCCAAGGUGGGCUACAUCCUUCUUCCUGGUCGCUGUGUGUUCUGGGGGUGGGAUUCAGCUGACCGGGGGGUGUGGAUGAGUCCUCCUUUCCCAGGGGAUUGUGUCCCACUCAGCUGUGGGUCUGUACUAGGCAGUCUGUCCUGUCAACAGGGGAGUGAGGGAGAGAAGGAGGUGGGGCCGCCGUUGCCAGCUGCCUCCUUAGGACACUACUAAGUUGGGGUCAGCCCUGUUCAUCCAAGGGCUUGGCCACCUGCAUGGCUCUUUGGGGACAAGAACACCUGUUGAGUUGGCUUCAUACCUUUCUGUGGACAAACAGAGGACCUGUCAUUUGUUGGCCAUGACAUCUGAAAAGGAGAGAGGGAGCUAGAGUUGUUUAUACCUGUCCAGCACUGGCAGACAUUGAGCUGAAAUUCUUCUGCAAACUACUGUACGUCUUUUCAGGGUUGCUUUCAUUUCAUCUGCAUGCUUCCAGAAUUUUCCUUCCUUGCAGACAAAGCGUAACUGAGGAGUCAGAUAUGAGGGCUGGCCUGGGAAGGGCCCUGCAUGUUCUCCUGGCCGGCCCUGACUCUCAGCUGUGCUGGGACCACUCACUGGCUUGAUCACUUCACCUCUCUGCCUCAGUUUCCCCAUCUGUAAAAUGGGAGAAUAAUACUCGUGUACCUACCUCACAGGGGUGUUGUGAGGAAAUCAUGAUUUUUCGUUUCGUUUUUGUACAGAGUUUUUGAACAUUAAAAAAAAUAGUAUAAAUGUGAA